AUGAUCGUUUUCGGAAAUUCUCUUCGUGCCAGUCAUUUUACUUUUCCUAAACGUUUGCUGAGUAUAAGUCAAUUAAAAGAAAGAAGUCUUAUAUGCGUUCAUGGCACGUCAGCCGAUGAGUUUUUACAAGGACUUAUAACAAAUGAUAUCAAGUCUAUAAACCAACCUAAUUCAUUCAUGUAUUCAUUGUUUCUCAACUCGAAGGGUCGAGUUCUAACUGAUGCAUUCAUCUAUCAUACUAAUCGUUUAUCAGCUAAUCAGUCUGAUUACCUUGUUGAAGUUGACGUCAGUUGCGUACCUAAUCUGGUUAAACACUUAAAGCAGUAUAAUUUACGUGGAAAAGUUAAGAUAGACGCCGACUUAUCAGUGUAUCCUUGGGUCGCUAUGCCGACAUCAAGACACUCGAAUCAACUGAAUAAUUAUGAAGCAUGGUCGCCAGUGAAUUCACUUGAUAUUAGUGAUCAAAAACAAUUGAUAUUUUUCGCUUCAGAUCCUAGGGGUAUAUCUGGUUGGUCUGGACGCAUACUAUCAACAUCGAAUACAAAUGUCACUAGUAUUUUCCCAUCAUGCAACACAAAACCACUUGAUAUAAACCUGUAUCAUAAUGCACGUUGGGAAUUGGGCUUACCAGAAGGUAUUAAAGAGUUCAUUACCAGUGAUACACUACCGUUCGAAGCGAAUGCUGAUUUGUCCGGUGGAGUUAGCUUUUCCAAAGGAUGUUAUAUUGGUCAAGAGUUGACAGCACGUACACACUUUACAGGAGUUAUUCGGCGAAGAUAUGUACCAAUUAAAAUAGUGUCGAUGGGGAAUAUUGAUGCUUUAAAAACAUCAAUUAGUUUAAAUAGUAUAUAUAAUGCACCAAUAUAUCAAGUGGAUAACAAUCAUGAACUACUUCAAUCAAAGUUAAAACCAAUUGGAUGGAUUCGUAAUGUCAAUAUGAAUAAUUUCAUUAUGAUUAAUAACAAUGAUAAUGAUGAUCAUAGUUUCAUUAUUGAUAAUGGUCCAAUUAGUGGGAUAGCAUUGAUACGUUUAACAGAAGCAAGUGAACAACAAUAUAAAUUAAUAGUGAAUAUUCCUCUACAUACUGACUGUGAUAACAAUAGUGCAAUACAAUUAGAAAUCAUUCCAUAUAUACCAUCAUGGUGGCCUGCAGAUAUAGCACCAACAAUCAAACGAAUUAUAUGUACAUAA